AUGUCUGGUCGUGGCACGGGAGGUAAAGGAUUCGGAAAAGUGGGCGCUAAGCAUUAUCGUAAAGUGCUCCGUGAUAACAUCCAGGGCAUCACCAAGCCCGCUAUCCGCCGCCUGGCUCGCUGCGGAGGAGUGAAGCGAAUCUCCGGGCUGAUCUAUGAAGAGACCUGCAGGGUGCUGAAGGUUUUCCUUCAGAAUAUGAUCCGGGAUGCCGUUACCUACACUAAGCACGCCAAGAGAAAGACCGCUAUGGAUGUGGUGUACGCUCUGAAGCGCCAAGGUCGCACUCUGUAA